UCCAUUUGUCAUUGAUGUGUGCGUGCUCCGGUUCCGCCUUCUUUUUCUGUGCGAUGAGUCUGUCCAGUUUUCGGAUUUGUCGGAUUUUUGUCUUGGUGAAUUCCUGCUCGUGUAUGUCUGCCAAGUGUCCGUGUAUUGCUAUUUCCAUGUCCUUGUUCUGGGAAAACCGGCAUUUGAAAGUUUCUGUCUCCCUGUGUAGUUCGCUGUUGAUAUUUUUGAGUUUGUCAGUAUUCAAAGAGCUAUGAGGAAACACAACAUUAACACAUCUGUCAAACCACACACAACACUCCAUCAGAUCCUGGUUCAUCCCAAAGACAGAAUACAUCCGGAAAACAAAUGCAACACCAUAUAUGAGAUUCCAUGCCAAUCAUGCAAUAAAACUUACAUCGGGGAGACAGGGAGGAGUUUCACCACAAGGAAAAAUGAACAUAAGAAAGAGUGCGAAAAGGAGAUAGCUACAAGACAAACCCGAACAAUAAAAGAAAAGGCACAACAGGAAAAUUACAAGUCAGCCAUAACAGAUCACUGCAAAAGAGAAAAUCACAUUAUGGACUGGGGGAAUGCCAGAGUCAUCCGCACAGAAGAUAAUAAACAUCAGCGCUGGAUCAGGGAGGCCAUGGAGAUCCGAAAGCGAAGCCUGAGGACCAUCAACCCGGAUGAGGGAGCAUACAUGCUCUCCCAUACCUGGAGUGCCAUCUUGCAGGGGACGAACAAACAGUAGAAGACGUGACCGACCUGUCAAACCAGGCAGGAAGGUCAUGCCUUCGGAAACAUCAGCUGAUAAGAUGUGUCACCAACAACAUCCGGUGACACUCUGAGCAAGACGACAGUUACGUACGUCGAAACAUGUCAGGGGAGGAACCAUGUAUCAGUUUCCAGUUCGAGGACUGGAGAAAAUCCGAAGAACCAGGAAGAAAGUGAAAAACAUUUUGAGUGAAUUUGGUCUUGAAGAAUGCGCAAGCUUGUCUGAGACUCUUCAGGACUUUGAUCCAGGAGACAGCAUUUUUGAUGCUACUGAAUGGACUGAUUUAUCAGAUGGAUUUAACGGCAAGUGGAAGAAAAAGUGGACCUACCGCACCCAAGGACUCUGCUGCUCAUUGUGUAAAUUUUCAACACGGUCCUGGUAUUCCUUCAGGGCUCAUAUUCAUCGCUAUCAUGAUGAUGAGCAGUCAGCCUGCAGUCUCUCUGCCUGCUCCUCCUGCCCAUUUAUCGGGCACCCUAAAGUCAUCUCCAAGCACUAUAGACUGUUCCAUUUUGAAAACCAAAAGCCAGAAUCUGACACGGUGACACCUCUGUCCGCUAAAGCAUUAAGUGGUCAUACGUUUCAGUGCCGAAAAUGCCCCGUUCGUGAUGAUCUCUUGUACAGCAUGAGAAAGCAUGUUCUCAUUAAUCAUUACACCGUACUGUUGAAUCGCUUUGCUGGACAAAGAGCAGACACUGACUUGAAGGCCCUUGGGCAGAUGUACCGGAAAUUUUAUUGUAAGGUCUGUGGUGCAAAUGCAGACACCUCUGAGCACCUGCUCUAUCACAUCCUGACCUCGGACAAACACAGGGAACUGGAUUUGCACAUAAACUCUCUCAUUUUUGAAACUGACGCUAAGAAGCCGCCUCCCACUCUCGCACCAAAGAUCCAGGGUAGUCCUGUUCUAGCAGGGCCACCUAGCCAGUCGUUAAUGACUCCUGUACCAGCUCCAGGCACAGUCUUACCAUUGGCUAACGGUGGGCCUAGAUUACUCCCUCCGCCGAAUACAGCCGUUCUUCCUGUUCAAGCCUCAGCGCUGGUUCAGCUCGCCAGUGCUGAGGCAAAAGGUUUGCUACAGCCUGGUCAGCCAAUGACCAUCCAGAAUGUUCAAGUUCCAAGAACUGUCUCUGCAACGCUGCCUAAUAUUGGAGGAACAACUCCAACCCCAACACUUCAGCCGGUUAUUCCACGCCAACAGCCAGUCAGGCUUGGAGUCCCAGGUCCUCUUCCUCCUCCAUCCCGUCAAGUUCUACUUCCACCUGGGGUACAAUUUAACGUCCCAACUGUAAGGGGUCCACCACCACAGCCGAUGAUCGUUGCUCCAAGGUUCCCCUUGAAUCAGCCUACCCCUAGAGGUACCAUGCUGACAUCCCAGUCCCUUCUGAGUCAUCUGAUCCCCACAGGCAACAAAGUCGAUGGGCUGCCUACCUAUACUCUCGCACCAUUACAAGUUUUGUCUGUCCAGGCAAACAAUGUCCAAGUAGUCAGCAAAGCACCACUGCCAGUGUCCCAGAACAAUGGUAUACAUCAGCAAAACUCCCAAGAUUCCAAGCAGACCAAGAAAUGGGUCACCUGCCCCAUUUGUAAUGAGCUUUUUCCUUCCAACAUAUAUGACUCCCAUGUGGAGGUCCAUAAAGACUCAUCCAAGAAGUCCAAGCUAGGCUUGGCUGCCCGAGCACCCUUUUUGAAGAAAAUGCCCGACAAGACAGUGAAAUGCCUGAUGUGUAAAAUCUUGCUGUCCGAAAAGGGUAUUUUUGAACAUUUGAUUCAUGGUUUGAACUGCUUGUUUUGUCCUGGGAUGUUCUAUUCCAUCAAACAGCUGGUUGCGCAUAUACAAGUCGAACACAAUCCAACCCAAAAAGCCAACUGUGACUUCAUGAGACGAGAGUAUCGUCUUUAUACUGACGAGUCUGGCCACCUCUUGUUUCCCUAUUUUGACAUUAACACCACAGCCCCAAAAGAGAUGAUGGGCGAGAAAGAGCUUAACUUGGCCCUAGUUACUAAUUCGCUUGAUCUGAUCUUUUUGAAGAUGACGCCUAUGAAUCCGCAAGCCGUAUGCAAGAUGCCCAUGCCUAAGCCGGACAGCUUGGACUGCAUCUUUUGUUCUGAGAAGCUGUUGAACAUGGAGUGCUAUCAAAUGCACCUGAGAGAAAAGCACUACAUUGUACCUACCGUCCAUGCCAUACUUAAAAUGCCAGCAUACAAGUGCAUCUACUGUGGUGGGGUGUACACAGGAAAAACAACGGUCAAAGCGAUCAGCGUCCAUAUAUCCAGAUGUCGUGCUGCACCCAAAACCCUCAAAGACGCUGAAAGGAUCAAUUCUGGACUAACCAUUGGCCCUAGAGUAAGCCAAGGUUUAAUCUCAUUCCCAGUACCCUCGAGACAGACUUCGGCUCCAGUCCCAGGACAACUCCAAGCAUCGAUUCCAGCACCUCAGUCCCAAGAGACGGAUGCUGAAAUGCAGAGCAAGUUAAGGUUGGAGCUGGCUGUCAGGGAGGCCAUAGAAGCUAAUAAAAGAGAGAGGGAGGCCAGACUAGCAAGAAAAAGGAAGUUGGAGAAAGAGAGGUUAGCCGGUUUCUCUAUUUCAGCUGAAAUGCUGGACGAUCCUUCCGUGCAGUUUGCUCUGGAUCCUGCCGGAAUGGAGUUGCGCUCCUUUGAGGCUCGGAGGGAAUUCGUCAACAAGUACUUCAACAAGCAGCCAUACCCACUCAAGAAAGAGAUCAUCGCCCUGAGCGGCCGACUGCUACUGAACAAAACCGACGUCGCCUGCCAGUUUGGCUCCAAACGUACCAGGUGUAUGAAGCAACUGCAGCGAAACAAGGCUGCUGUCUUGUUAGGUUUCAACAUGACGGAGCUAAUGAAGGUGAAACACAACCUCCUCAUUCCUGAAAUAGAGCCGGAGAAGCCGUCCACAGAAACAGAAACGCAGGAGCCUGAGGAAAUGAAUAACGUCAGCGAAGGAGAAAAGCUUGACGAAACUAACUAGGAUCAAUUAAAGUGACGACACAUGGGUAAACGUACUCUUUAAAACAAUGCAAAAAGUGUGUAUGAUGUUAACGUAGAACAGUCUUUUUUUUUUUUUUUUUUUCAAAGAACCAGUUAGCUCGCUAUCUUUUGUAGCCCCAUUUUCUUAGAGUUAAAUUUCCUUCGUAAAGCUGAAAUUCUUUGAGUUUGUAUGCUGUAUGAAUUGUCAUCCUUCACAGAACAUCCUGUAUUAUGGUUUAUUACGUACCUUUGAGAAUCACAGCCCUGUUACACCACAACUGUUUUGUUGUGCGGUUUAUUUGGCCUUAAUUGUCUGUUUUUUAUAUACGUUCCCAAUUUAUGUAUCUUAUUUAGGGCUCUUUAAGUUAAAAUGCAUACUCCUAGUGUGUUUGAUGAAAUGAAAUGAAAUGUAAUGUACUGUAUUUAUCAAAUUUUGUGCGUCCCCUCCACUCUGAGACAGUUUCAGUAUUUCAAUAACAAGUACUUGUUCAUUGAUCCUGUGCCUACAAUACAGUAUGGUUUUGGGUUGGUUUUUUUUGUCCCGUCCCCCGUCCCCCCCCCCUUUCCAAGAGAACUGUUCAUGUUUUCCUUUCAACCUUUAUAGUUAUCUCUUCUUGAAGUCUGGGCUUUAAGAUUAGCAUUCACUAAGUUAUGUAGUCAAAUACUGUGUUAUAUCUGAACUGGUUAAUGCUCUAGCAUACCGGGUCUGAGAUACAACUCUGUUAAGAACAUAGCGUAAGUCUGUGUAAUUGCCAAUUACAAGCAUAGUUUAUUAAUGUGUGUUUUUAUAAUGGUAAAAUGUGAGGUUGUAUUAAAGGUUACUAUGUCAGCA